CUGUUUUGUCUCACUGUCAGAGCGCGAUCGUUGGGCAAUGACAGAGGGUCGACGAAAGAGGUGAGUGAGGCAGUGUGAACUCUGAGACACAGAAGAAGGAGAAGAGGAGAGAAGGAGAGCAGGAAGAGUCGGCGCUGAGAGACAUGCGCUGAAGCAGACCCGACGGCCGCAACAAUCCGAUCACACGGUAAGAUUAUACAGGUGAGGAACAGAUUGGCCAUCACAGACGUUCGACAUGGCCCAGGUGCUACAGAUGGACUCAAACUUCCCAGGGAAGUCUAACCCCACCUCUCCCACCUCCCUCGGGGGAAAGGAGGAGCUGCCGUACUCGGUGGAGACCCCUUACGGCUACCGGCUGGACCUGGACUUCCUCAAAUACGUCAACGACAUCGAGAAGGGCCACACCAUCCGGAAGGUUCCGGUGCAGCGGCGGCCGCGCUUCGGCUCCUUGCCGCGGGGCUACGGCUACGCGGGCUCCUGGUGGACGUCCACUGAGUCGCUGUGUUCCAACGCCAGUGCCGACAGCCGCCACUCCUCCUACUCCUACUGCGCCCCGGGGUACCUGGGGUCCCGGCCCUCAGCAGUGGCGGGGACGGGGCCGGGCGCGGCCUUCAGCCUGAGCGCCGCCCGGGUGGAGAAAACCCUGCUGGAUGCCCGCAGGCGGCUGGAGGAGGAGCGGGAGAAGGAGGCGCGCCGGCUGUCCAACCUGAGCAGCAUGCGCGGCAGCAGCGUGGCGGGCUCCAACACCUCACUGUCCAGCGCCCACGGCCUGAGCCGCGGCCCCGGCACUUUCACGCCCGCCAGCUCCGGCCUGUCCACGCCCGUCUCGCCCAGCCCCGCCCACCUGCACCACGUGCGGGAGCAGAUGGCGCUGGCCCUGAGGAAGAUCCGCGAGCUGGAGGAGCAGGUAAAGACCAUUCCCGUGCUGCAAGUGAAGAUCUCCGUGCUGCAGGAGGAGAAGCGGCAGCUGGGCGUGCAGCUCAAGAGCCAGAAGUUCCUGGGCCACACGCAGGGCUUCGGCAAGUCUUCCCGCCAGCAGGGGGAGCUCUACAUCCACAUCCCCGAGGAGGAUGCUGCCGCCCCUGCUGCCGCUGCUGCCACCGCUGCUGCCACCACGCCGGAGGGCUCCAGGCAGGACUCGGGCUGCGAGAUCGAGGACACGGUGAUCGUGGGCGGGGCGCGGCAGGGAGGGAGGCGGGAGGUGCGCUCCGUCGGGGUGGGGCCGGAGGAGGGGAUGGGGGGCAGCCGGGAGGUGGGGGUCGGGGUACGGGAGCGUGACCUGGGGCUGCUGCCGGAGGCCGAGGCCCUGAGGAGCCGUGUGGGGCAGCUGGAGGGACAGUUGAAGACCACCCUGCUGGAGCUGCAGGCGGUGCAGGGGGAGAGGAGGGACCUCCAGCAGCAGCAGCCGCCGCCCAGGGCGGAGCACGCGGUCAGGGCCACCAGCGUGGGCUGGCAGGAGCUGCUGGGCGGGGCCGGGGAGGGGCUGCGGACGGUGGUCAGCUUCUCCCAGCAGCCCCUGCGGCAGGAGCAGAGGACUGUGGGAAUCCAGGUGUACACGCUGGAGCAGCCCACGCUGCUGCGGGCCGAGAGGUGCAGCUCCCCUCCCGCCGCUGCCGUGGAGACGGGCAGAGCCACGCCCAGGGAGAACGGGCAGGUGGAGGCUGUCAGGCCAACAGAAUCUGUUCCUGAGCCUAGCCUCACUGUCUGCUUCAGCCAGGUCCAGCAGGUCCUUCACAGGGGUGAGGUGUCCAGCUCUGUGCCUGUUUCCAUUCCUGUUGUGAAGAGGCUCAACACCGAGGAGCUGGAGACCAAUCAGGCGGCCCCACGGAGGGACGGAGUUCCACAGCACCAACCGACAGGCGACCAAUCGCAAGAAAGCGCAUUACAACAGGCUUCACUGCAGCGCCCCCUGUGGCCUAUGGGGAAACAGCAGGCAGAGGGUGAACCUGCUUCCCUUUCCACUAAGCAGAACCUGCAGCUCAGUAGCACCACCAUGGGGUACGAGUCCACAUCCUCAGAGGAGAGCAGCAGCGAUAGCUCUGAUGAGGAGAGCGAUGCCAGCGAAUACCAUGAGGCCAGGGAGAGACUCCCCGAACCUUCCUUCCAGCCCCUGCAGGAGGAACCCUCUCCCGCUCCUGCUAUCUCUCACACAGAGAGACCCACAGAGUCAGGCGGCACCACCCAAUCGCCGUCCACCACCUCAGCCCCCCAGCAGGGUACCAUCCAAUCAGAAUCCAGCGUGUCAGCCCCUCAGCAGGCCGCGACCCAAUCAGCAUCCACUGUCUCAGCCCCCCAGCAGGGUACCAUCCAAUCAGAAUCCAGCGUGUCAGCCCCUCAGCAGGCCGCGACCCAAUCAGCAUCCACUGUCUCAGCCCCCCAGCAGGGUACCACCCAGUCAGCAUCCAGCAUGUCGGCCCCUCAGCAGGGCGCGACCCAAUCAGCAUCCACUGCCUCAGCCCCCCAGCAGGGACCCCAGCCGCUGAGAACAGAACCAGCACCAGCCAGCGGUCCACCCCCCAGGGCCCAGGAGAAGGCACCUGGUAAUGACAGCUCCAGCCCCUCUGCUCCUCAGGAAACCAGACUGGAGAUGAGUGACAGUCUGAAGGCAGCUCUUUUGGCUCUUCAGAAGGCCCUGACUGAACCUAAUGCCUUCAGCCAGCAGGAGGCGAGGUCGGCCUACACCACAGUGCUGCAGGAGUGGCUGCGGGUGUCCUGUCACAGGAAUGCAGACACGGGUGUGGUCAGGGCCUACAUGGACGCCUUCGCCUCCAUCUCCCCUCAGCUGCUGGAGUUUGUGGUCAACAUGGCCGACGGCAACGGCAACACGGCCCUGCACUACACUGUGUCUCACUCCAACUUCCCCGUGGUCAAACUGCUGCUGGACACAGGCCUCUGCAAUGCAGACAAGCAGAACAAGGCGGGCUACACGGCCAUCAUGCUGACUGCGCUGGCUGCCUUCCACUCAGACACCGACUUCCAGACCGUCCUGCAGCUGCUGCGCUCUGGCGACGUCAAUGCCAAGGCCAGCCAGGCGGGGCAGACCGCGCUGAUGCUGGCGGUCAGUCACGGUCGAGGGGACAUGGUGAAGGCCCUGCUGUCCUGCGGGGCGCAGGUCAACAUUCGGGACGAGGACGGCUCCACCGCGCUCAUGUGCGCCUGCGAACAUGGGCACGUGGACAUUGUACGGCAGCUGCUGUCUGUCCCGGGCUGCGACGCCACCCUCACAGAUAACGAUGGCAGCACUGCCCUGUCCAUUGCUCUUGAGGCCUGUCAGAACGACAUCGCGGUGCUCCUAUACGCCCACCUCAACUUUGCCAAACCCCCCUCCCCUGUGUCACCAAAAGCUCACCACCUGGGACCAUCGCCCCCUGCAGGAGAAACUAAGUAACAGCAGCACAAUUUGGAUCUUACCUCACUCCUGCUUACACCUCCUGUACCAUUGUGUAUUAUUUGCGCACAUGUGUAUGUGUUUGUGUGUGUGUGUGUGUGUGUGUGUGUGUGUGUGUGUGUGUGUGUGUGUGGAUGAGUGUUUGUUAUAAAAUUUUGUUAUCACUUAUGUAGUAUUACAUCACUGCUCUCUUGGGUGAAAGGUCAUGCAAUCUCCAGGGAGACGACUGGGUUAGUGUUUGGAGUGCAGAAAGGAAGCAGGCACUGUGGCUUAUACAAAUGAAAGGACUGGAUCUGAGUUGUGUGGCAAUAUCAUGAAAAUUUGGGUAAAAUUCAGACCAAUCCGAUCAGUUAGGACACAUGGCCUGGGUUUCCUCACCACCAAAUUCCCUCUAUGUCUGUUUAAAAAUAGUUCCUUUUUCAAAACAUGGAACCAAAACUGUCAUGCCGAUUUAAGUCACCCCCAUAAUACAUUCACACCCCAUACAACAAAAUUAAUAUGCAAUACAAAUACACUACUUGACUGUUUAUAUGGCUCCUACAUUUAAACUGUUACAGCAAUCAAGUAUUGUAUGGGCAGCUUCUCUCUCACUGAACAGGGACAACAUCAGUGAAGAAUUCUGUACAAUGCAGGAUUCUGUGGAAUGCACCAGAGGCAUCUCUUAAAGAGCACAGGUAUCAGAAAGGUCCUUCUUCCUGUGGAAUUAUGUGAUCCAGUCCAGGUGUGUCGGGGUCAGUGCCAGUGUAUACGGGUUAGUGUAAGUGUGUAGGGGUUAGUGUAAGUGGGGUUACUGCAUGUGUUAAGUUUAGUGGUGAAUGAUUCAGUGGCUGGGUGUAGAAGUCAGUGACUGGAUUUAAGAAUCAGUCACAGGAUGCCAGGACUCAGUCACAGG